AUGAAAACAGAAGAAGUAACCGAAAAUCCGGAAAAGAUUUUCGAUAAAAUAACAGGAAAACCAUUCUGGAUGGAUAUUGAUUUGGAGCAAGUUGAUCUCGAAAAGGAAGGCAUCGAAGUCGAAGGAAGACUAACAUCGGAGCACGUUGUGAUGUAUCUUGACAAGAAGUUGAGUCUGACUCCCCCUCCAAUUGAUAUGCCGAAAUUCGAUGUGACCCUUGAUUUAGAAGAACUCCAAUCUCGAGACAAUAUUUACUUCACAAUUGAUGCAAUCAACUAUAACACUCUUAAGAAUAUGGUCGAUCAUUGUGCAAGAGCAUUAUUCUCGAAGAAAAGCUCUGAAGACAAAGACAACGCGUUCAACGAGCAAAUGUCGGACAUGCAUCAGGAAAACAGUGCCCAUAAUAACGACGAUGAAUCAGAUACGUGUUAUAAGGUGACAUUCAAUGUGGACAACCUCAUGGUGGUCACAUACGAUAGAGAACAUCCAAUUGAAUCAAUAGCGAAUAUGAUCGAAAAUGAGAAGGCUGCAGCGGCAGGUUCGAAAGUAACGACUACAACAACGACGGUCAAAACGACGCCGACGACAGUCACCGCUCUUCCUAAGUAA